GAACAGAUGACUGACUAAGCAAGGACCCCGUGGCCGUGGUUGCAGGCUUCUCAUCUCCAAGCUCAUCGUGACCAGUGUCCUUGUGCGCAGUGCGAAGGCCGAGAGCAAUAAGAGGAAUAACUACCUCGGGAUUCCUCGAGCAUCUGAAGCCUUCCCCGACCGAACCAAAAAAUCUGGCGAGCAACGAACACUCAAGUUGUCUCGUCGAUCGAGUCUCACUCCUUCCAAGUACUCUGCCGUACGACGAGAGCAGAUCCAUGUUUGCCAGAAUGGACACGCCACUUCCCAUGCCCACACCGACGGUCCCGGUCCAGCCAUUGACAAGCUUCAAGUCUCUCUCCUUCGACAUAUACGAGACCUUGAUCCAAUGGGAGAAUUCCAUCAUCCAACACCUCGAGCCGUUGCUUUUGCAAUCCAAGCACGUCCCGGCGGACAGCGCGCGCGACGACCAAGCCUCCACCGAGCUGUCGAGCCGCGAGGCGCUGGCCGACCUCUUUGCCAAGCACGAGGAAGACGUGCAAGCCGAAUCCCCCAGCAUGAAAUACGACGGGGUCCUCGAACAGGCAUAUCUCCGCGUCGUCGCUGACAUUGGGGCUCCCGUCGACAACCCCGAAGUGCAGUCCCGGGCACGCGCAUUCGGUGCCAGCGUCGGCGGAUGGCCUGCCUUCCCGGACACGGUGGACGCCAUGAACCGCCUAAGCAAGCACUACAAACUGAUCGCCCUGUCGAACGUGGACCGCGACUCUUUCGCACGGACGAACGCCGGCCCGCUGGAGGGCUUGAAGUUCUGGCGCGUUUUCACCGCCGAAGAUGUCGGCAGCUACAAGCCCGACACGAGGAAUUUCGAGUAUCUGUUCGAGCACCUCGACGGCGAUGACAAGGCUGAAGGAGGACCGGGGAUCGGCAAGGACGAGAAUUUACACGUCGCGCAGAGUUUGUUCCAUGACCACAAGCCUGCGAAGAAGUUGGGCAUCAGCAGCGUUUGGAUCAACCGCAAAGGAGCGGGGACUGGGAAAGCGGAUUUCAAAAAAGCGCAUGACAAUGGCAAAGUUGGCUAUGGAUGGCGUUUUAGCACGUUAGGAGAGUUCGCUGAUGAGGUGGAGAGGCAGUGGGCGGAAAUGAACUGA